AUGGCUGCCGCCUUUGCCGUCAUCUCUCUCCUGCUGUUGGUUUGCGUCCAGGGCGCGGCUCCCGUUCUUGGCGUCACAAGGAGCGACUUCCCUGAAGAUUUCGUCUUCGGAUCCGCUACCUCGGCUUAUCAGUAUGAGGGUGCUGUUGCUGAGGAUGGUAGGAGCCCAAGCAUCUGGGAUACCUUCACUCACGCAGGGAGCAUGCCGGACAAAAGCAAUGGUGAUAUAGCCGCCGACGGGUACAACAAGUACAAGGACGAUGUUAAGCUCAUAAUUGACAGUAACCUGGAGGCAUAUAGAUUCUCUAUCUCCUGGUCCAGGCUUAUACCAAAUGGAAGAGGUGCUAUUAAUCCAAAAGGGUUAGAGUACUAUAACAAUCUCAUAGACGAGCUAGCUAGACACGGUGUCCAAGUCCAUGUUAUGAUUUGCCAGCUGGAUCUCCCUCAGAUCCUGGAAGACGAGUAUGGUGGAUGGUUAAGCCCAAAGAUUGUGGAGGAUUUCACGGCAUAUGCAGAUGUGUGCUUCAGGGAGUUUGGUGACAGGGUUUCACACUGGACCACUCUGGAUGAAGCCAAUGUGGCUGCACUUGGGUCCUAUGAUAUUGGACAAAUUGCACCGGGAAGAUGUUCUGAUCCGUUUGGAUUUGGAAACAAAAAAUGUACAGUGGGGAACUCAAGUGUGGAACCAUAUAUAGCAGCUCAUAACAUGCUACUGGCACAUGCAUCAGCUACCAGACUGUACAGGGAAAAAUACCAAGCUGUACAAAAAGGAGUUGUUGGCAUAAAUAUAUAUACAAUGUGGCCAUACCCACUAACAAACUCCACUGCCGAUUUAGGAGCAACUCAAAGAUUUCUGGACUUCUAUUGCGGCUGGAUACUAGAACCAUUGCUGUUUGGAGAUUAUCCAAGUGUAAUGAAGAAGAAUGUUGGUUCUCGCCUUCCGUCGUUCAGAAAAGUUCAAUCUGAAGCCAUUCGUGGCACUCUAGAUUUCAUCGGAAUAAACCACUAUUUUUCUUUCUAUGUGAAUGACCACCCUUUAGAAAAAGGCAUCCGUGACUUCGUACUGGACGUUGCUGCUGACUAUAGAGGUUCGAGAACGGAUCCACCAAUAGGUCAGCAAGCCCCAACAUCUAUUCCGGCUGAUCCCAGAGGAUUGCAACUUAUGGUAGAGUACCUGAGUGAAGCCUAUGGGAACCUUCCCAUUUAUAUCCAAGAGACAGGAAAGUCUAUUUCCCAGCUGCAGGCCUCAAAAUUCUACCUCCAUGAUACUGACAGGGUUGAUUACAUGAAGAACCACAUAAGCAGCACAUUGACUGCUCUAAGGAAUGGGACCAAUGUGAAAGGCUACUUCGUGUGGUCCUUCCUGGACGUCUUCGAGUACCUGACAGGGUUCUGGUCGCAAUACGGCCUGUACCGUGUUGAUUUCGAGGACGAGGCGCUACCAAGGCAAGCAAGGCUAUCGGCUCGCUGGUACUCUAAAUUCCUGAAGAAGAAGGGGAUCCGUGUAGAGGAUGAGUUCGACGAUGCGGGAUCACACGUUGAGCAAUAA